AUGUUCGGUUGGAUGAUGGCGACGCGGACAGUGACCUACGAGACGGAGGCCGAGACCAAGGUCGAGGCAGAGGCGAUAGACAGCCGCAUAUGGACGCAGGACUGGCGAAGUGCUGCCCGGACGCGACAGACCUACGGCAUGACACGUGAGACGGUGGUGAGUGAAGGCGCAUACCUCUUGCUGCAGGAGCUGCGAGGCGAUGCCGGGAACGUCUACGAGAGUAUCAGCUUCGAGAGGAUGGACACGAACGAGGCGUUCGAUGAGAUUUUUGGCAAGCUGGACGUGCUGUACAGAUCUACGCAAGAAGUUGAGUUGCUGGGAAGAUGUGACGCGUUCUUUGGAGAGUUCUCGAGGUUGCCGAAGGAGACUCUGAACGCGUACGUGCUGCGACACGGCCAGGAGUUGUCGAAGCUACGAGAAGCAGGGCUGGACUUACCGGACUUGCUGGCAGGUUGGCACAUGAUGACGAAAUCGGCCAUUCCACGAUGGCAGAUUCUGAACCUGAAGGCGCUUUGUAACAACCAGCUCGCAAUGCAGGUGGUGACGGAGUCUCUCAAUUCGAUGUUCGGCGGCGACAGCACGGCACACAAGAAGGACAUCGAGCGUGGCGACAGCUACUGGGCAGAAGAAGAGGACGAUGAGGUCUACUGGUACGAGGAUGACUACACGGACGAGCUGUACCACGAGGACGACGUGUGGCAAGAGGAAGACGAGGAGCCGAUCCCCAAGGAGCUCGAGGACGCGUACGAAACGACGGCGGAGGCCUUCGCGAACUACACGCAGGCCCGGGCGAAGAUGAGAGAGCUGGCCACAGCGAGAGGAACGCGAAGAGGCAGAUAUCAGUCUAUCUCGUUCCAGGACGAGUCUCUGCUGGUGGCGAGGCCCUGUCUCGAGGAAUGGGGCAUGAUGAUCGACUACCGCAUCAAGAAGGUGAUGUAUUUAGACGAGCAGCCAUCUGAGUGGAUCGACCUGGAGACGAAUGAGAAAGGACACAUGAUCAUCGAUCUGCUCAGCUUCCCAUCCGAUGUACUAGCAGCAGAUGAGGAGUCGAGCUCUACGGACGCGGACACCGUCGGCGACCACAAGGUGGAAAGCGAGAAGGAGACUGACUUUUUCGUGACCAGCAGCUAUGGCGAUGCCGAGAUUGAGAAUGCGGAGACCACGAAGUUCGAUGCGAAGCAGCUGGAGGAUUGGUUCGCAGAGGCCAACCGCACGCUGGACAGCAAUCCGAAGCACGGCGACUUCAAGACGAAGAAGUUUACGUUGGAGACAGGCUGGGACUUCACGAACGGCUCGCAUCGCAAGGCUUUCAUGCGGGAGCUGGUGAAGAAGAGGCCUGAAGAAGUGUGGAUAGCACCGCCAUGCACGGUAUGGUCUAUGAUAAACACGCUGGCGGAAGCGAACAAGAGCAACGAGUACCGACAGCGACGACGGAAAGAGCGUGCCAAGCAGCAGCGCGAAUUCCUGAGGUUCAGUCGGGAAAUCUACGAGGCGCAGCAGCAGGCGGAGAGGCACGCGCAUCUGGAGCACCCUCGAUACGUGGCGUCUUGGGAAACCGAAGCGUGGGACGGCAUGACGGGCUACGAUUUACGUCGAAUGCUCGGACUGAUCAAGAAGCCGACCAACGUAAGGACCACGAAGCUCCAGAUGUACGAGGGACUCUGGAAGACAUGCAACUGUAAGGAGAAACACGUGAGUCUCGAGGGUGGACACAGCAUGCGUUGCGUGGAGAACUACACGAGGAAGAUUGCAUUCCAGGCGGCGAUCUGCAUCGUGGACGAUCCGCAGAACGAGGCCAGCUACGCGGUGGAAGAGAUGACCCAGGCGGAUCUUGACAAGACCGAGUACAAGAUGGUGUGGAAGGCGCUGCCGGAGAAGUUCACCAUCGAGGAGUCAGUGCGAGUCGCCCGCAUCCCUCGGGAUCGAGGAUUCAACGAUACUGUGGAUAUCGCCACGUGCCAUGUGGUGUGGAAGGGCAAGUACACGAUGACAUUCACCAUCAUGGACGAAAGCUCAAGGUUCGAGGUCGACACGGUGGUGAAGGACGAGAAGGCACGCACCGAGAUCAAAGCGCUCGAGAAGAACUGGAUCCACUGGGCCGGAGCGCCGGCAAAGAUUCGAGCGGGCCAGAGUGGCGCGCACGUGAGUGAGGAGUUCAUGGAGUGGUGCGACGGUCGGCAGAUCAAGCUGCAGCUGAUCCCAAGAGAUGCUCAUCAUCGGCUUGGCAUACUCGAGCGGAAUCAUCAGGUGCGACGGGAGCCCAUAGCACGAUACCAUGAAGAUCAUCCUGAGGACAGCUUGAAGCUUGCGGUGCGCACGACAUGCGGCGCGCGCAACCAGCUGCGCAGCGUGAAAGGUUCCAUGCCAUCGCAGCGGGCGCUAGGGAGGCAGCCCAAGAACCUGGGCAGCCUGGCGGACGAGCCGACGACUACGGGCGACCUCGGCGACCACGACGAGGAGUCCUGCCGCAACCUGGCGCGCAGGCGCGACGCAGGCAAGGGCGAAAGCGACCUCAUCUUUAGCUACUGGAAUGGACUGGCGAUGAUCGCGCAGUUCGUGGACCACACGGGCGAAGUCAUCGGCCAGCCGGAAGACUACGAGGGCGAGCACUUCACCAUGGAGAUUGACAGGCAGGGCGUCGACACGGACGGCCAGGUGGAAGCGACCGAGGCCGAUCGGCAGGACGAGCACCAUGAGGGCGAGCAGAGCGACGACGGCGGCCGAGGUCGAAUUAACCGGACCGAGGUGGCCGAGAUGCAGGUGCCCACGGCGUCCGAGCCCCCACGCCCGGACAUUUCGGCUGACGCGUCGCCGGACGUGGGAAGCCCCGAGGUGGAGCGCGAGACGACAGCAGUUGGGUCAGGUCAAGAGCAGGUCGGGGUGGAGCGGACGACGAACGGGACCGCGGCUGAGAAGAGAAAGGCAGAGGAGCAAACGGCCGAGGACGGUGAUGAGUUGCUGGACGCCAUUAACGCGGCCAGACGACUGAACGGACUACGGCCACUACCGAAGCGACCGAAGCAGACCGACGUGACGACAGCGGCCAGCGCCGCGAGCGGCAGUGAGGGCGAUGGGCUGCUGCUACUGUACGAGGACGCGGACACGGUUUACCUGACCAACGCGGCAGUCAAGGAGAACGUGGCGGACGCUGGAAAAGUGUGCCCCAUGCGGUUCCUGUUGAAGUGGAAGAUGAAGGAUGGAGUGGAAGAGGCGAGCGCGAGAGUGACCAGCACUAACGUAGAGAAAGCGAGCCCUACCCUCACGCAACUCACGAGGUUCCUCAUCCUGCUCAUUCUGUGCCAGCGAGCUUGGAAGAUGGUGGCAGCGGACGUGAAGAGCGCAUUCCUGCAAUGUAAUCAGAUGAUCACGGAGGCCAUGCUCGAGAUAGGCUUCCUGGAGCACGCGCUGGAAAAAUGCUGUUUCCUGUCGUACCGCCUGGCGCUCGACGGGGACGAUCCGUUCCUGGUCUGGCAGGCGGACAACAACCAGCACUAUGUGUUGGACGGAGUGCUGGGGCUGCACGUGGACGACUUCAUCGGCGGCGGCGAGAACUUCGAGCGCGAGGAGGACCGCUACAACAAGCAGGCGUACGAGGGCACCUUCUUGGAUCGGGUUCAGAGGCUCAACCAGAGGGUCAAGUUCGGCAAAAGGGAGUUCUCGAACAGUAUUGUUUUCUGUGGCAUGGGGAACACGCAGUCGUUCUCACGCGACGAGAUUGAGGUGAAGGCCGAGGCCUACAUACACGAGGUGAAGCCGAUCAGCGUCGAGAAGACUAGGAGAACACACCCAGACGACCCGUGCACACCGAAGGAGAUCAGUCAGCCCAGAGGGCUGAAUGGAGCCAUGCAGUGGCCAGCGUCUCAGUGCAUGGCGCAGGCGGCGGCAACGAUUUCGUUCGCGCAGGGUGGCGUCAGCAAGGCGACGGUCGGUAGCUUACUGGAAGCCAACACGUCCCUGAGUUUCCUGAAGCUGAGGCUUGGAGUCUACCGGGACGCGUCCUGGGCUACGAGGCCGAAUGGCGAGUCGCAGGGCGGCUACAUGAUCUUCGUGAUCGAGGACGCCAGGAUCGACGACGGACAGCCGACGCAGCUGGUGAUCGUAGACUGGGCGAGCAAGAAGCUAAUGAGGAUCUGUCGGAGCUCUCUGGCAGGCGAAGCCCAGAGCGCAGCGAACGCAGUGGAAGCGCUGGAGUUUGCGAAGACGAUGCUUACGACGAUGCUUUUCCCCACGAUGCAGCUGACAGGCACGCAGAUGUUGCAGAUAUUGGGACGACGCCCAUGCAUGACGGACUGCAAGGCGCUGUUCGACGCGGCGAACUCUCAGGCGGCAACCGGGGGUUUGACGGAGCGCAGGACCGGGAUCGAGAUCCUGCAGGUCAACGAGAAGAUGCGGGUGCGGCAGCAAUUUCUGGAGAAGCUGAGAAGGAUGACCCAAGUACUCAAGUACGAUGCGACGUUCACGGCGGGCAAGAAGAUCAGCCAGAAAGAACGAGCUCAAGCCGAUAGAGAGCAGGACGAAGCGGCGGCGGACUUCGACGAGGCGAAUCAGGCUGAAGACGCAGAAGCCGAGGACGGCGACGAGCAUGAGGACCAGCUGAGAGAACAUGUGCGAACGACGAUUGACGGUACCCGUACGGCAAAAAAGAUUGCAGAGAUCGUGGCGGCGGCGGCUACGAAAUGUGCCAAAGGCGAGAAGAUCGAGAAGGUCGAGCCAGAGGCGAACGACGAGAGAGUGACGGACAACAAGAAGCUCGUGCGGACGGCCAGCACCCAGAGCCAGUGGACGUACAGGCGUGAUCUGACCACGCCGAGGUUUCAGUAUUUGCGAGAGUUUGAACAGAUGGCAUCAUUGAGCACCGACUUCGUGGCUUGA